AUGAAAUCUAUCGGAUCUUUGGUGGCAGCAGCUGGCCUGCUCUGCGCCCAUACUUGCUCGGCGGCUGGUUGUUUAGGGCAUCUUGAACCAGUAAUCCCUGGAACCAAUAUAACAACUACAGAAGAUACAGUGCUCAGCUCUUCAUCGCAAAAUAUCUCUUAUUGUCGAGUCACCGGAUCCGUGUCAUAUGGUCAUCGUAACCACUCUGUCGAAUUCGAACUAUGGCUGCCGUCGCUCGACUCGUACAAUGGACGGUUUAUGGUCGUGGGAAAUGGCGGGUUUGCCGGUGUAAUUGACACCGACCAGAUGGCCUUGCAAUUGGAGCAGGGAUUUGCAGUCGCAGGUGGUGAUUCAGGCCAUCGAUUAGCAGAUAAUGGAGCUGGAGGUCCAGGAUCUUUUAUUCCAUUUCUUAACGAUGUAGAAGAGACGAAGGCCUGGAUUCACGAAUCCAUUGCAAUCAUCACCGAACCAACACGCAAAAUCGCUACUGCAUUUUACAAAAAUCCUCCCCACCACAGCUAUUAUCACGGCUGCUCUACUGGAGGGGCACAAGGGUUUGCACUAGCUCAGUUUCAUCCCCAUCUCUUUGACGGCAUCUAUGCUGGGUCUCCGGGAAACUGGUACUCGCAUUUAAUGCUUUCCUUUUUAUGGAAUGGGCAACAUUCAAAGGGGGAUGCUUUUAUUGAUCAAGCGACUCUCAAUGCAACCACCAAAGCAAUUCUCGAUGCCUGUGAUGAACUCGAUGGAGUGAAGGAUCGCCUCAUUGAGAACCCUCUUCGGUGCAAUUUUGAUAUCAACACCCUAGCCUGUUCAAGUGGAGACAGAGCCCCAAAGGCUAACCAAACUUGCCUAAGUCCCCAGAAGCUGGGAGCACUGAAGGCCAUUUAUGCUGGCCCGAUGAAUAUGAGGACUAACACAUCUAUCUAUCCAGGCUUCAGUCUGGGCUCAGAAAGAGAGUUGCUGGAACAGGAAACCUGGCUAUAUAAGGAGUAUGCCGCGCCACUGCUACAGAAUCUGGUAUUCAACAAUCUCUCUUAUGACAUUGAUACCUUCAACUAUGAUCGAGAUGUGGUCAAAGUCGAUGCUGUGGCUAGCCCACUCAUUGACGAGAUCGGAGUUGAUUUAAGCGCAUUCCAACGCCAUGGUGGCAAAAUGGUGGUGACACAGGGUGUCAGAAUCGAGAUCAAGACGGCUUAUUGGUAUUUAGGCUGGACGGAUGCUUUCAAUGCGGCAACCUGGCCUAUUCAUCACCUUGAACAGCUACAGCAAUCUAGUGCCGAUGGGUCGGUUGCCAGCUUUUUCAACCUAUACAUGGUACCCGGGGGUGGCCACUGCGGUGCCGCAAGCUCAUAUCCUUAUGUGCCUGCCACAUACCACGUCGACGAAGCACUCGUCGCUUGGGUAGAGAAAGGUGUUUUCCCAGACUCGGUUUUGUCUUCAGAUCCGCCAGAUGGCUCGUCAAGGACACGCAAGCUCUGCCCUUGGCCGAAGACGGCGAAGCUCCGAAACCAGGCAGAUCCUGAUGUAGCUGGGAACUAUGACUGCGUGCAUGACUGA